AUGGCCCCGAAACGGAAACCUACGCCAAGUGCUGAUGCGCCACCGGCCAAGAAGACCGCAAGCAGCCAAGACGCAGCUCGCAAAGCCAAGGCCAAGACGAUGAAGGCGCGUAUUGUCUAUAUCUUGUCGGUGGCAACCCAGCUUGUCGGACCGUUGACGAUCAAGAAGCGCCUUUUCGCCGAGUUUGGCGUGACCGAGUCCAAGCUGUUUGCGUCCAACUUUAAGAAAGCUUUGAAAGAGCUCGGUGAUGAGAACCGCGACGACUUCGGCCGAGUUGGCGGCAGCUACCACGGUGGCACGUCGUCGCCAGCGUACCUUGCCCGCGUCGCCGAGGAAGAGGCCGACACGGCUCACGCAGCAGAACUUGCAGCGCACGAAGACUCGGUUGCGCGCGGCGGCGAAUACGAGUGCUCCAACUGCCACAAGACAUUUUGGACGUGGAUCUCGGACGGGUACGUGUAUGGUCACCCCAUUGAGUACCGCUACGGCGACGGCAAGGACGAUUAUGCUGACCUUCGCGACUAA